GAAAAAUUCUCCCCGUUUGAAAAUUGGUGAGAAAUGGACGGAUCCGCGGAUUCCCGUCCGAAGGUAACGUGGGCUGCGGAGGGCGCGGGCGCCACCAGCAACGCGGGCGACCUUCUCGCCGCCCUCAACCAGCAGGUCGACCCUGGAGAGGACCCCAGGAACAUCGUCAGCGAGGAGGGACAGCGCCGGAAACUGGCUAAUGACUUGCAGGUGUACGAGCGUCAGGUGGAGGUGAUGAAAGCGAUGGUGGGCAACCUGGGCGAGGUCGCGAGCGGCAAAGAGGCGGCCCUGAGCAACCUGAGGGCAGGCGUGCGCGCGUUGAAGGACGCCGGCACCGCCCUGGACGGGCUGGCGUCGCAGCUGCGGCGCCAGCGGCACCUGAGCAGCGAGGAGGAGCUGGCGCCGCUGCGCCGACAGCUCGAGGACGACGCCUACAACGUCGAGCGGCUGCGGCAACUCGUCGCCUCGUGCAAGAGCGACGUCGACGGCACCACCAGCGCCAUCGCCGCGCUCAAGGAACGCACGGCCGACGAACUAAACGCACUCAGGAUGAAUUACGUCGGGGAGGUGGAGAAGGGGGAGCUGCGCUUGAAGGAGGCGCGCCGUGCGCACGAGCAGGCGCGUUUGGAGAAGGAGCGGUGGAAGGAGCGCCGGCGCGAGCAGGUGCGUCGUCUCGAGGACGUCAACGACGAGGUUGAGGCCCUGAAGCGUGAUUUUCAAAAACUAGCCGACGAGCGUGCCCGAAUUCACCGGGAGCAACAGCAGCUCGAGGCCGACGACCUCAAACUGCGCAGGGCGUACAACUUUGACGCUUUAGAACAGCGCUGCCAACAGAACAAACGCGACGCCGCCCAGUACGCUGAACAGCAUGCCGCCAUUCAGGUCAGUCUUUUAAGAAGACCGGUUUUUACGAAGUUACUGAGAACACCAAUCGAUUCCUGA